AUGAUCUACAGCGACAACAGAGCAGCGACUUUUACAAAAGAGCAUCACGUCGCCGGAGAGCAAUACACAUGGGCUGAUAUCAUUGAUUUCCCCACGGAUUACCUCGUUGAUGCCGGGUUUGAAUUUGCCCCGAGCAGUUCACAGCGGAAUCGGUUGAAAUGUGCUUAUUGCAACCAGCUGGCUGUGUUCCAUGACACUGGGGACUUGGUGGGUAUCACGUCUUUGCAUCUCAAGUAUAGCCCCAAAUGUGCCAAAUCCUUAGUUGAUGAAGCGUACCUUUCCUGUCAAGGUGAAGUUCAAGAUGGUGAUGGUGAUGGUGGUGAUAAUCGAAAUCGAACGGAGAGUGAAGUCAAAUACGCAUGGAGCCGACAUCCGCGAUUCCGAGAUCCUCUCGAUGCAUCAUCCGUCGAGUUCAGGAAAUCAUUCUUCAAAGAUGCGUAUCCUUUGGAUAAGGGAGACUACAGGCCUAAUUCUAGCCUGCUUGCGGAAGCGGGGUUUAUAUAUUUGCCACGCGACGAGAUUGAUGAUCGCGCAGUGUGCAUGUUUUGUCAUUGUUCUUUGGAUCUGUGGGAGCCCAACGAUGAUCCCAUGGAGGAACAUAUUGCGAAUGCUCCGCGAUAUUGCUAUUUCUUGGAUAUGUUUGAAGAAAAUCAGAGAAGGAAGCAUUUGCGCGGCGAUGCGGGGGAGGCAAACGCAGUGAAGGGGAACGCGGGAGGAAAAGAGGCAACAGAAGGUGGCGGAGGAGGUAAAAGUGGAUCUCCUUCACUUUUCAUUGGUUCGGAACUGGAUUCUGACCUCACUGUGGCUAAUACAGGUGCAAUCAAAUCAAAAUCUUCACUUGAGCUUUCGACGGAUCCCCACAAGAUUGACAAGCAUGUUGAUCCGCUGCUGUUCUCAACGCGGAAUCUUCGGCUGGCAAUGGAAAAGGACUCCAUCUCCGCGUGCGCUACUGAUUCUGGUUCUGAUUCAGACUUUUCUCAAGAAUUGUUCAAGCUGCGAAUGGCGACUCGUGAUCGCAAGGUCCAAGAUGACCAACAGCAACAACUGGCUUCUAAAACAGCAACUACAGAUGAACAUCAUGAGACGAAAUCAUCGAAUUUGACCUCACCUCGUACAGGUGAAAAUGAAUCAAAUGCGAAAAAUGGCCUGGCUUUACCGCCAAACAUCAUUUCAAAUCCUCAGCUGGUUGACACCCGUGCUCAAAAGAGAAAGAAAGUGGCACCGAAGCAAAUUACUAGCCAGCCUGCGUCAGCUACAGCUAGCAACAUCAAUGCGAGAAAAACGACCAGUAGAGCUAAACGAAUUUAUCAAUCCGAUGACAAGAAUUUGGAGUACUGGAAUAAAGUCCCCGACGAUGAUUUGUUGCAGGAGUUUAUACAAAGCUCGAAGAAGACGGCCGUUGAUGAUCGAAGGACCAAUAUAGUCACGUCGAUGGAGGAAAUAGCAGAGGGAAUAGACGUUGACGAUGAAGAAAUUCCAGCUGACGUUGUUGUCGCCACAACAACAAGCCCUGAAGUCGACGCUGUCGUCGUCGUCGACGAAGGUGAUGGUGAUGUAUCAUCUCCAGUUGAUGACGCCCCAGGCAAAAGGGACAAUAGCACUUUUAUUAACGAAAACCAUAACGAAACCACGGACAGUAUUGACAUGGAACCGUCGGAUACAACUACGAGAGUAAGUUUGAGCGAAUCAUACGAGCCUUCCAAUCUAAGCGAGGACUCAUUUGUACCAAUAAAGCCGCAAAGGGUUACAGGAAAAGUCAGUCAAAGUUUGCUCGAGAGGAAAAAGGAACAGAAGAAAAAGAAGAAGGAGGAAGGGGUAUUGUCAGAUGUCCCGUCCCCUCCGAAUAAGGACUCCAUAAUGAUUCGAAGAGCAUCGAAACCGCCUGCGUUUGAGGAUGUAUCAGAUGAGACACUGAGGGAGGGUGAAAUAUACACACCGGGAGCAGCAGCAGGGACGAAGAUAGCCAAUAUUUCCCAGGUGCAAUUGGAUAAAGCACAGUUUGAAGAUCCUCCACCACCGAAAUCCCCCCAUAAAUAUGUACAUUCAAAAGCGGCGGCUCGAAUGCUGCCACGUAAAAAGAGAAAGAAGGAAGCAAUGGCAAUUCCCAGCAUAUUUGAUAUGACGAUCGAAUCUUUAGAUGAAUACGCCGCUGCCGAAGCUGCCGAAGCUGCCGAAGCUGCUGCAGCUGCCGCGCUAAGUGCGAAGGAAUUGUGGGAGAAGGAGGAGGAGAAGGAGGAGAAUUUGCACUUUCUCGAUCCCAAAGAUAAAUCGGCUGGGAGAUCGACAGAUGACAACAAGGCAGCAGGUGAUGCAUGUGUCGCCCAGAAUACCGGAAACGCGAAAGAAGCAUUUGAAGGAAAAACUCCAUUGAAAGAAAGUCCACAUGGCCCACAACGAUUUGAAGCCUGGAGCACUCCGAUAAACUCAUUUGUAAUUUUGAACGGGGAUGAUGAAUCCAUAGUUGAAGUACAAGGACGCAGGGAAUCAACUCUGCGGUAUCCAAAGAAGAGAGACACGUCCGCAACUAGCGACAAGAGAGAGUCAAUUUCUUUGACUGGUGACUUGGACACACAUCAGUCGCUUGCUGAGGAUUCCGUCAAUUUGAGGGUGGCAAAGAAGCCGUUGGUGCUAGAUGAGACAGCAAAGAAAAUUGGUGUGAAAAAGGUCGACUUGGGGGAAAAGCGAGAUGAUUCGUUGGUGAAUGAAGAAGAAGAAGAAGAUGUAGCAGGAGUAGCUCUCGCUGAGUCUACUCUGGCGCUCGAUGGUUCAAAAGUAAGCUUACUCCCUGCAGAAGUUACUCAGAGCCUUGACCCCAGUAGCCGUGAACGGAGCGUGCAAGACUCAAAUGAAGCAUCACCACCAGUGGUUAAAGAAAAAAGAUCAGCAAGCGAUCCGUCCGCUUUUGACAAAGUUUGCGAGAGCAAGGAAAGAGUUGUCGAGGAAACUAGCUCAAAUAGUUCAAAUGCUCAAGAAGAGAGCAAUUUGGGAAGUGAGGAGUACCGGUUGGAUUUGACGGAUUCCCCCAAACGCCAGUACGAAGAGUAUCUCCGCGCGAUGAAGAAGCUAGAAGCUGUGGUAGAUGAUACAGAAACUCUGGAGGUGAUGCAAGAUGCAGACAGUGAAGCCGCACGUCAAGCUGUUUUCCCAGAAAAAGAAGAAGAAGUGGAAGGGACGAAUGAGGAUGAUCCCGGUCAUACAGAGGACAUAGACGCAGUUGGCGACGAAAAGACAGGUCAAGCUCUUGAUAAAGACAAGACUGUAUUGAGCCAAGACCGAGAAGAAAAGGUCAAACCUCAUUCCUUGAAAGACGAUGGGAGCGAGAAACUGUUGAAAAUAUCAGAGGAAUCCGACGUCAUAGACAAAAGCUCCGUAAUCGAUGAGCACCUCAGUGAAGCAGUCAACAUUGAAGUUGUACCUUUGGAAAUAGAAGAGAAUCCAAAGAGCUUUAACAAAGACGCCCCACUGGACGAAAAGGAUACUGGGUUGGAGCUUGUACAGGAAAAGACACAGGAGGUAGAACCCAAUCAAAAAGCAGACGUUUAUCAAGCAAAUUCGGCGGAGCUCGAAGCCGCCAAUGGAUCUGAACCCAUCGAGAACAGUGAAACGGCACCGGCAACAAACUUACUGGAACAAAAUCACAAUCCCAAUCACAAUCUCAGUCUGAGUGGAAAGGAACACGUAAAUGAGGAGCUUUUGGUCGAGUCAACUUCCAAGAAACACACUGAAGAUCAAAAAAAUGGACUACAAGAAGUACAGGGCGUCAAUGUAUUGCUGGUAGAGCUAAGUCCUGCGGGCGACGAUGGAGCAGACAAGUCGGCUGUCAAAGAAGAGUUGGACAACGACGACAACAAGUACAAGCCAAUGAUGGGCAAUGAGGCAGAAUCCAAGGAUGUGUCGACAGAAAAUGCACAAUAUGCUUCACCAGACUCUAAACCUGAAGCUUUGACAGAUGACGCAGAAGAUCAGAUUCGUCUACUUGCCCAGGAGCAUUUCCAAAAGCUCCGCCUGCCUUCAAAUCAUAGGAAAAGAGCCGCACCUAAGCUACAAGAGCCGAGUAGAAAGCUGAGGGUGCGUAAAUUGGUCAUGGGGGAUACCAAUUCAGCUGAAGAAACUACCGGCCAAGAGUCAGAGAUACCAGAGCAAAGCCAGACUUCAAACACCCAAAAUGGUGUCCGAAACAUUGAUACCUCGCUAGAGGCUAUUGCAACAGCCAACCGAACUUUUAGUUCCGAGAAGCUCGAGAGAUUUGCUGCUGUCGGAUACAACUUUCCAGAGGGCUCGAAAGCGGUGUCGAACUCGACCAGUGCGGCUGAUGGUAGUACAACGCUGGAAGAGACUGAAGAAAAAGAGGAGAACAUGGACGAUGAGGUAGAAUUGGAGUCACGAGAGCCAGCGGACGGAACAACAUCUUCCUUAAACUCCAUCGAAGAGCAAACUGAAAAAGUCAAACUCAGCUCUUCUGGAGAUGAAAUCGAUGCCGAACGGGACUUCACGGGUCCAUUGGCUAUGAACUCAACUUUGACAAACGGCGAGUUGCUCAUAACUGAUGCUACUCCCCGAAAUCAUAUCAACUGGACCGCCAGAGGCAUGGAUCAAUUUUGGGAGCAAAAGGAAACCAUUCUUCACAGCUCGAAAGAAUUGUUUGAACUCGCAGCAAGGAACUCAGAAGUCGAGCUCUCAAGCGACAUAGAUGGAGACUUGACUCGAUUCAUUGCCGAGAUGCCAGAGGAAGAAGAGCAAAUGACGAUCAGGGACUGGGUAGAGCAUUGCGCCAACAACUGCCGCGACAUUGUCUACCGGUCAUGCCUGGAGAUGAACCAGUUUAUUGUGGACGAAUACGACAGAGCCAUCAAGUUGGUUGAGUCGAUACCCACGGACGACGAAGCAGAAACCCCCGCUGCUUUGGAAAAUGCUGGCAUCGGUAUCUAG